AAAAAAAAAAAAAAAAAAAAAGAGAAGAAGAUAAAAAUGAAAAUCUCUAGACAUUAAGCUGUGUUGAAGAUGACUCCGCUUGACCUACAUUCACACCCGCUUUGCUAAAACGGGACUCUAUCUACCCCAGAAGUCAUUUCGGUCGUGCUGAUCAAGCUUCCGUGUCUCAUCCGGAGCCUACAGAGAUUACCUAAAAGCUACUUAAGGACACUUCUGCUUCACAGAGAAGUAUAUAAGCAGAACGAUUUUGCUCUAGGAACUUUUUCCAGCUUAUUUAAUCACGUUUUGCACAAGUUUCACUCUAACAACCGGAAGGAGGCUUCUGGAUAUCGACGAGGUUUGACUUUCGGUUUCUCCUCGACCAACAGAACAACAACUCAACAGAACCGGAAUUCGGUUGAGAUCCGGUCCCGAUCACGUUGAGGUGAGACUGGCCAGGGAUUAUCCUGGUAAGUCCUUUCUUCAUUAGUUUUCCGGCUUCCAUUUUUCUUUAGGCUGUAAAUCAUGCACAUUUGAUAUAAUCGACAGAACAUCAUAUGAAGAAGAAUUACACAAUUAACCAACUGCCAUUGAAGAAAGACAUUUGGAUUAUUUUUGGCACAUUUGACAGCUUACCCAAAAUUACAACCUGCGAUUGGUAUCAAAUGGUACAUUUUCCUCUGACAUAACGGGUUAUUGCUGAGUGUAAUGGUUACCAAAAAAUUUGUAGUGUAGCAUGAUGAAAUGCUGGGGGAUAACCUUGUGAUGGGAUUUGAGCAUACCAUUCAGGGGGAAGUGGUAAUACUUCUAGUAGCUUCAUGCCAAGAAAACUGGGAUAAGGUCUGGCUCGGAGGGAGGGGAGAUGGCAACUUAAUGGCUUGAGUACAGACCCUAACCGUUACCCCUAAGCCUGUACCCUCUGUUGUGAUCUGUAGGAAGACACUGAUGCAUAUAUCAUGUCACCAUGCAUGAUUACCAAACUUCUACUUCUUUAACAAAAAUUAAGAGUUUUAACUGUCUCAGGUUGAUUAAGUCCAUGGAGUCUGUGCUGUUGUAUUUUUUAAUUUUGCAGAAUUUGCUGACAUGCAAAGAUAAUUCAAGUGUUUUAAUCAUGGCUGCAGAGUUGGCUAUUUGUUGGAAUGUUGCGUUUGAAGAAGAUGAUCAUCAGGAAUAUCUUUUGUAUUCAGGACAAAGUAUUAAUCUACCUCCAUUAAUUCAUCCAAAUACAUGGACACUCUGUGGAACACCCAUACAAUUUUGUAUGCUUAUGCACUUGACUCUGCCUUGUAGAGCGCUGAAUAUAUCUCCCACACAUCUUAGCACUGAUAAAAGACCACUAUAACCUGGAUUUAAUUAUGCAGAAAGGAGCUGCGUUUAGAGGACUUUAAGUAUGUGAAGAAACCAAAAACCAAAAGGUCAGAAAAACAAUUCAAAAGUUCAGCUAGAAAUUAUUCAAGAGGCUUUACCUUACAUCAUUGGUCAAAUUCAAGUGUUGAAAUGAAGAAUCCCAGCCCGAUGGACACAGAUUCUAUCACAAACAAUGCUCAAGAGCAAACAUCACAGAGCUCCCAUUAUUCCGCCACACAACCAUCAACUGAUCCCAGUGAAGUGUCUCACCAAUCAGCUGAAGAAUCAGAGCAAGCACCAAUGGUGACUGUUUCAAUGGGAAAAGACCUCAUGUCCUCUCUGCACGGGAGCAUUAUCAAGUGCAUGCAAAUCCAAAACUCUCUCCAUAAGCUGGUGUUGCUCAAACUGGGACAGAAAGCUGCCAGAUCUGAGGGCCAUAGAGACACUGGUUCUAAUAGACUGGAGACCAGCCAUGCAGAAAGCUCUGAAGAGAAUCCAGAUGAUGAUCCAAGGGAUCUAUUGUGUGAGCUUAAGGAUCCUUUAGUGGGGCUGAUGGGCAGUACAGAAAUUCAAAGAAGUUUUUUUCAAAGAUUAAUCACCUUGAACUCAAUGAUUACUGGUGAAUCAGCUGAUUCAUUAAAUAAUAGUUCAUCUCCAGAAUCAUCACAAGAUAACAUGCAGACUGUUGGUGCCAAUCUUGAGGAGAUCGCACUUAAAACUACAAUGCUUUGUCGCUAUGCAAGAAACCCUUUUACCAGCUUCCAAGUCAAAGCAAUGACCAGCAAGGAUGCACUGAAAUGUGUAUGUCAGGUUAAUGGACCUGUAACCUCCCAGGCAGUCAGUGAGGUGAGAGGUCAGCGGAAACUUCCCCAUGGAUAUGGAAGCCUGAAAACUGUGACAGGGAGACUUUUAUACAGAGGAGACUGGUUCAGAGGUAUGAGGAACGGUAAAGGGGAAGGCUUUAUUCUGACAGUACCUGUAAAAAGUGACAGCCCAGAAGUCAAUGAACAUGGGUUUUACAUUGGUGGAUGGAGAAAUAACAUGAGGCAUGGUCAUGGAAAGAUGACGUUUGUAUCUGGUGCUAUGUAUGAGGGUUUGUGGCAGUAUGAUAAAAUGACAGGAUAUGGGAUCUUGAAGUUACCAAAUGGGACCAUUCAGGAAGGGACAUGGAACGAUGGAUCACUGGAUGGCAUAACUCUUUUCACUUGGCCCCACGGUGUCAGUGAGUACCGAGAAUACAAACAAAGCCAAGUAUUUGUAGGUCAGCUGUCUACUGGUCAAGUUGAUGAAGAAACUGCUUUAAAGCUUGCGCAGAUGAGUAACAUAAGAUCCCAGCUUUUUUCUUUGGUUGAAAGUGCAACAAAGUUAAAAGACGAUAACUUAGACCUCAAAGGCGAACUGGACUCUUUGAGAGCUGCUCAGGCAGUGUUGGACAUAAACUAUCAACUUGUACCUGGUCUUUCUGAAAUACGCCAAAGUUUUGAAAUUCAACGCAGGCAGGUUUCUGAUGAACUGAGAACAGAGUUCGAGCAGAAGUUUAAGGACGCAGAAGAGAGCAACAUGAAAAACACUGAGAGAAUAGGCCAGUUAGAGAGAGAGUUAGAACAAUCUAGAGGAUCGGAACUGUGCCAAAUCUGCUUUGAACGACAACGUAAUUGUGUCAUUAUGCCUUGCAUACAUUUUCUUUACUGUGGAAGAUGUAUAACUGAGCAUAAGAGCAAAGGUGAUUCUCGUUGCCCCACUUGCCGCGGGCCUAUCAAUGGAGAAUUGGAAGUGAGGAAAAUGUAAGUGUAGAAAUGAAACUAAUAAUGUUCCAAAUGGGUGCGAAGUUGAUAGCUCUCGUUAUUGCAGGUCUAUCAAUCUUUGGAACAAAUUACCAAGGGACUUUAAAAGCGUGGACUCAUUUCAUACUUUUAAAAGGAGGCUUUUAGAUUUUUACGAUGAAAAAACCGUUUCUUAUAAUCUUCCAAGUCGUGAGGGUGUAAGUUAAUGAACCUAUUCUUAAAUUGACUUGGUUGUAAAUAAUAUCAUAUGAUAAUUAGUGCUAGUUUUAUUACUACUUUUACGAUUAUAAUUAUUACUACUAUUUUGUUAAUAUUUAUUGGGGUUGUAUAUUAAUUGGGACAUCGUCCUGUUUUCUUCUCCAGUUGCCGAUACUAUUCUGUACGUGUAACAAAUUUCAAUAAAGAUAAAGACAAUAAAGACAAGCUAUCAAGGACA